UUUAAACAUCACUGAAAUAUGUACCCCCCUCACUUUGGUGCGUCUUAAUUAUACAUCGAAGACGGCGAUCGAUAGAUGAUUGCAAAUUAACCGAGGAAAGAAAUAGCUACAACAUUCUUUAUUAUGUCGAUGUGAAAAAUCUAAAUGAAGGUUUGUUGUAAAAUAUAGAAGUUGUGUUGAAGCUGUCAUUGUCCUGUCUGAGUUGUGACUACUUGAAUCGAUCGUGACAUCUUCGUCAUUGGCUCUGUAUUAAUAUAAUAUCAAAUGAUAUUCAGAAUAUCAAAUGAUAUAUAAAUGAUAUUAUUUACCUGAGAUCCAUCAAUGUUUAUCCAUCUUUUAAAGACAAAUGGAAGAUGUCGUACAGAACAAAUGUAACCAUUCAUUAUAUAAAUCUGUGGUAGAAUUACUGUGAAAUAUUUACUCUGAGCUGAUAUUAUUUGCAAAAUAGCCAUACAUGAUUUUGCUUUCUGAAUAAAUUUGGACAAAAAUGGAGUUUGUGGUACAUUCAAAUCCCAACAAAGACCACAGUUGAUGGAAGGAAAUAUCAAACGAAAACAAAAUCUCUUGAAUGUUUAUGGUGCGAGACAAACAAUUAUGGAAGAUGAGUUGUGUGAGAAUAAAGUUAAAUGCGAAACUCUGGUUGAAAAGAUUGAUUUAGUUGACAAGAAAAUGGAAGAGAAUGGAAAACCUUUAUAUCACUGUGACAUCUGUAACAAGUCAUUCUCUCAAAAAGGUAACCUUCGUAUUCACAAACGUACUCAUACUGGAGAAAAACCAUUUCCCUGUGAUAUCUGUGGUGGAUCCUUUGCUCAGAAGAAUUCCUUAAUUUUACACAAACGCAUUCAUACAGGUGAGAAACCAUAUCAUUGUAAUAUCUGUGGUAAAUCAUUCUCUACAAAUUGUAACUUAACUAAUCACACACGUAUUCAUACAGGAGAAAAACCAUAUCAUUGUGAUAUCUGUGGCAAAUCCUUUUCUCAAAAUUGUGAAUUAACUUCUCAUAGACGCAUUCACACAGGAGAGAAACCGUAUCAGUGUGAUAUUUGUGGGAAAUCAUUCUCUGAGACAGGUAUAUUAACUUCUCACAAGCGUAUUCACACUGGAGAGAAACCAUAUUGUUGCGAUAUCUGUGGUAAAUCAUUCUCUCAGAUAAGUCCCUUAACAAAGCACAAACGUAUUCAUACAGGAGAGAAACCAUAUCAGUGUGGUAUUUGUGGUAAAUCGUUCUAUGGAAGUAGCGAAUUAACUGUACACAAACGUAUUCAUACAGGAGAUAAACCAUUCCACUGUGAUAUCUGUGGUAAAUCAUUCUCUGGGAGUGGUGUCUUAACUAAACACAUACGUAUCCACACAGGAGAAAAACCAUAUCACUGUGAUAUCUGUGGCAAAUCAUUCUGUGCAAGUAGUAACUUAACAACACACAAACGCAUUCAUACAGGAGAGAAACCAUAUUUCUGUGAUAUCUGUGGUAAAUCAUUCUCUGUAAGUACUCACUUAAUUACACACAGGUACAGUCAUACAGGAGAGAAACCAUAUUGCUGUGACAUUUGUGGUAAAUCAUUUACAAGAAAUAGUGACUUAAACAUGCACAAGCACAUUCAUACAGGAGAGAAGCCAUAUUACUGUGAUGUGUGUGGUAAAUCAUUUUUUAAAAGUGGUAAUGUAACUAGACACAAACAUAUUCAUACAGCAGAGCAACAGUUUUCUUGUGAUAUCUGUCAUAAAUCAUUCUCUCAAAAUAGUGAAUUAACUAAGCACAUACAUAUCCAUACAGACGAGAAGCCAUACCACUGUGAUGUCUGUGGCAAUUCAUUCUCUCAAGAAACCAAUUUAACUUCACAUAUAAAUAGUCAUAAAGACCAAUAACUGAACCAAAAUUUAAAUUCAUUUGAUUUAGUUUUUAUUGAUUAAAUGAAUUUUUCCCUUUUCUUUUUUCGUAUAAUUAGUCAUAUAAUGAAUGUUGAUACUUUCCCAUAGAGUAAGUUGCUAAUUUUAUCAACAAACACCAAGUCUCCUCUACAUAGGAAAAUAUUGAUAUUUGUAAAUUUUAAUAAUGAUAAUUCUCCUUAAUGGUAAACUUCAUAGUUUACUGUUUUUUUUUGUUUUUGUUUUCUCUUUUUUGAUGAAUUUUUUUUUUUUUCUUGUUUGCAAAUCUAAUUAUGAAAUAACGAAUAUUCAUGCCCUAUAGUAUUAUUUAAAUGUUUGAGUAUAAACAACAAAAUGGGAAAAGAUUAAUUUGAUCAACAAAAGUUAAGUGUAUGUUGUACUAUAUCAUAACAGUCAGAAUUCAUUGAAUGUAAAAAAAUCUUAUAUGAUAAUAAAUGUAUUGAGACGUGAAAGUGGGAGUCCCAGGAAGAUAUGGGAUGAAGUACUGAAGAACGACCUCAGGUCACUGCACCUUUCAGGUGAGAUGACAAAAGACUAAGAUGCCUGGUGCCUUGCUGUACUCCAGAAGACUCGUACUCCAUACAUUAAAUGGUGAUGCUGACACAUCAAAGAAGAUAUCACAGUGUGAUAACAACCUGCUGACACUAUUUUAUAUAACCAAAAGGAUAUCAACACACUGGUAACUUACAGCUAUGAUGUGUAUAAGAAAAUUAUUCUUUCAGAAUAUUCCAUGGGAAAAAAGAUACAAUUGAUUUUAUUUGACAUUGUGGGUAAAUAACUAAAUAACUGAGAAAUCUAUUCUCAUAAGCUAUGUUAUAACAUCCCUGUACAGUUAUUAGGUAAAAAAUAAAUUCAGAAACCAUUAAAGAAAAUAUUUCAUUUUUAUCAUUAUGUACAUAUAUCUUGUAUGUAUUCUGGAUCUUCUAUACAUUGUUUCAUGUAUUUUACAUAUUUUAAAUGUUAUUAUGGAUGUAUCCCACCAAGGGACCAAUUCUGAUGUUGGUUUUCAUUUCUACAAUUUUAUCAUUUCUUUUAUUUCUAGUAUGAUUCCUUCAUGACUUGAGGGUUAAACUGAAUGUUAAUUUGCAAGUAUGAAUGAAACCUUAAACUUGAUAUACACGACCUUAAUCAUGUGAUUGACCAGGCUAUCAGAUGUUGUUACACAUCGCUGGUCACAAUGUGUUUUGCAUAGUUUUAGCUUUCGAGUGAUGCCACGCCACUGACUAGGCAAACAGGCCAACAUUGCCCCUGAUCAGAAGGCUAGUCAGUCAGAGGGGGACCCAUGAACAGCUGAGUGGACUGGAACAACUUGAAAAUGAAGGGUUUUGCACAAGAACACAGUGUUGCUCAGUGCAAGAAUUGAACCCACGGUUUAGCAACCACGAGUGCAACAUCCUAACCACUUAGCCACAUGCCUAUUAGAUGUGUGUGUAAAUAUAUACAUACAGUAUACUAACAACAAAUGACAACUGUGAAUUGUUUCACCGUACUCUAAGCUCAAUACCAGCCAACCCUGGUACCCUACAUGUUGAUAUACUGAGAUUCUAAUGAACCAUGCAAUUAUAUGUGAAUAUAGAUAUGUAUGAAGAUACAUAUAUAAAUCAACAAGUGUACAAUAAGAUCCAUGAUGGUUGGGUCCAAGAAAUAUAAAGUUCCAAUGGUAAUUCAGGUGAAGUGGUUCAAGAGAGGUAGCAAAGGUCUAUGAAGACAGUAGGAAUGGAGAUGAGGAUCCAAGAGAGAAGGAAGUUCAGUCAGGCAAGAUGUGUUCCCUCACCUGUCUCUGUCAUAUAUAUAUACACAGGUAGCGGUGAAUAAACUGUUGUCUAAAUUAGGCAAAAAUGAAAAUAACACUGACAUCUCAUUUUAACAGAUAUAUUUACCAAAAUUACAUUACAAUAUCUUGAAAUACUAAAGAGUAAAUUUGUUCAAUAAAAUCCCCAUUGGCUUCAACCACAGCCUCCAAGUGACUUUGGAAUCUCCUGCAACUCUUCUGGACGGUCUUGUUCAAGUUGGUGAAUGCUGCCAUAAUCCUUGCCUUCAGUUCAUUUUUGGUGUUACAAGGAGUUUUGUUGGUCUCUCACUCAACUGCACCCCACACAUAAUAAAGGGGGUUGCAGUCUGAGGAGUUAGAUGGCCGGAUGUUAGGGGUGAUGUGGUCGCAGAAAUUGUCUGACAGCCAUGACUGGGUCCUCCUGCUUGUGUGGCAGGGUGCAGAGUCCUGUUUCCAGACAUAGGGUCUCCCAGCAGUCACUCUCCUGACUCAGGGCAGCACUACUUCCUUCAGGUACAUGAUGUAGGCCUCUAUAUUGAGUCUGAGGCUGUGUGGGAAGAUGAAUGAAGGUAUAAUAUUGCUAUCACUAGUGAUCACUCCAAACACCAUGAUGUUGACUGGAUGUUUGAUUUUUAUCUCUCAGUGUGUCUUCAGAUUGACACCCAAACACUCUGAAAUGUUCAUAUUGGAGCUUCCGGUGUAAAUGCCAAGCAGUACAGCAUGUUGUUUCCAAAUUUCUGGUGGAGUGAAUUGCGUCAUGGUGCUGUUUUUAUCACAGACUGUGCCCAACUGACCCUACUAUACUGUGUAGUUGACAAAAUCAAAAACAAUGUGCAUGCACGAAAUUAAAAAUAUAAAAUGAUGACAAUUUACCCAUUGCACCUUCUGUGUGUGCGUGUGUGAAGGCACAUGGCUCAGUGGUUAGAGUGUUAGGCUCACAGUCAUGAGGUAGUGAGUUCAAUUCCUGGACCAGGCUGUGUAUUGUGUUCUUGAUCAAGAUACUUUUUCAUGUUGCUCCAGUUUACUCAGCUGUAGAAAUGAGUUGUGACAUCACCCGUGCCAAGCUGUAUCAGCCUUUGCCUUUCCCUUGGAUAACAUCGGUGGUGUGGAGAGGGGGGGGGGCUGGUAUGCAUGGGCGACUGCAGGUCUUCCACAAACAACCUUGCGCCGCAUUUAAUGUUUGUUUUCCAUGAUGCUGGAGUGAGUUGGACAGUUUGAUAGGAAGUGGCAAACCAGAGAACUGCACAAAGCUCUAUUGUCUGCUUUGGUAUAGUUACUGUGGCUGAUGCCUUCCUGAAGCCAACCACUUUACAAAUUGUACUGAGUGCUUUUUACAAGGCACCUGCACCAACAGGGUCAACAAGUAUCUCGUAGAACAAAGACCCCUUGACUGGGAGGGGGAGUAGUAUUGAAGGAUAGAUAUUUUGCUGUUGAGAUACAUCGCUACACCAGUUGGACACAGAGAGAGAGAGAGUUGGUGAUGGAGAUGCAUCGGAACAUAUCCUCAAAGUACAGUGGUAUACAUUAUGUAGACGGUUAAAA